CAAUAGCUGAGUGGGUUUGUCUUUCCCAGGUUAGAUAGAUCUAGCGUACACUAUAAAUAAGAGGGCCGAACAGAGUCGAGGAAUGUGCAGCAGCAUAACUCAGAAGCCAUUUUGUGACGAUGUCCCCGUUGAGAAAUCGCAUGAAGAUGCUGAAACCAACGAACAUGGUUACAUUUCUGUCUGUUCCUCCCUCCGUCUCCUCUGUUUUCACCAUGGCAGCUGUCAACCGACGGGACAAUAGCAAAGCGGGGUGUCGAGCUGUGCUCACGGGGUGGUUAAAACGCCACUGAUAUGAAAGAGGAGAGUGUUUACUGUCUCUGUCGAGACAUGUAACAACCGUGAGUCUUUUCCAGUCUGAAAUCUUCCAGCAUCUCUCAUAAAAAACAACGUCUCCUUGAGUGACUCGUGUGAAUUCACUCCUGGUUUUUCCGGGAGGAGAAAAGAGGCAGAUCCGUCUUCCAAUGGCUUCUGUGAGCCUAGUUUCCAGUCCCCCAGCCCCUGUUUUUGACAAAAACAUGACAGACUCUGAGCUUGCGGGGGACGAAAGGGAGGACGGUGAACUGGAAGAUGGAGAAAUCGAUGACGAGGGGAUUCAAGUUGAAGAGGAGAACAAAGAGGCUACUGAAGUAAAAGAAGACACCGAAAAAGAAAAGGAAAAAGGUAAAGAGAAAGAAGAAAAGGUGCGCAGACACUCAAGGAAGAGAUACAAAAAGACCAAAGAGAAGAAAAGGUCGAAGCGACGGAGACGGGACAGACCGAGACAUCAUUCCCCCUCCAGCAGCAGCUCCAGCUCUGACAGCUACGACUCUGAUUACGACCAACCAGAACGGCCCAAAAGCAGGAAGAGUCAGGGUUACAGUCGUGACUGCGAUGUCCCACACCCUCAGCACUCAAAGAAAAUCCACGGCAGCUUGAAGAAGGCGUCUCCGCAAAAGAGCAUCGAUUUUGACAAAUACAGCGAUGACUACAGCGACAAGUACGACUAUGACGAAGAGGAGGACGAUUAUGAAGAUGACAUGGACUAUCAGCCGUCAAAAGAUUCAGCGAGUCAGGGAAGGGGACGGCAUGCUAAAGAGCAGAUGAGUCGAGGAAGCAUGAGGGGGAUGAAGCACCAACAGUUUGGACCAAGAGGACGGGGUCGAGGCGGCGGACCGGGGAGAGGACGUGGUGGGAUGCUCAACAAGAACAAGAAGUUUAAGGGCAAACCCUGGGGGGGGCGUGGGAGGGGCCGAGGAGGAGACCAGGGAGGGGAAGACAUGGAUGGAAAACUGUCCUCUGGCUUUCAGAAGAAACGGCCCAUCAUGAGCAAGGAGUUCAUCAAUCAGCACACGGUCGAACACAACGGUCGAUACAUCUGCAAGUAUUUCCUGGAGGGCCGCUGCAUCAAGGGGGAACAGUGUAAAUUUGAGCAUGAGCUCGUGGUGCCUGAUAAGAAAAAGGAACUUUGUAAAUUUUACCUUCAAGGAUACUGCAGCAAAGGGGAUCACUGCAUCUACAUGCACAAUGAGUACCCCUGCAAGUUUUUUCACACCGGAGCCAACUGUUACCAAGGAGACAACUGCAAAUUCUCCCAUGAUGCUCUGAAUGACGUGACCAAAGAGCUGCUUGAAAAGAUCAUCAGCACUGAAGAGGAGAACGCCCGUGAGGAUGAGUUGGAGCUGGAAGAUCUGAGAAAGCAGGGCAUCGCCCCGCUCCCGAAGCCUCCUCCUGGGGUGGGGUUGCUGCCCACGCCUGGACAGAGCAGUCCCACCGAUGGAGCAUCAGGCCAGUCCGGCAAGAAGAUCCCCUCUCUGUUUGAAAUCAAAGUCACACCAACUGUAGAUCUGCAACAAAAAAUUGCUCUGAGUGGCUCCAACUUCUCCCAGAAUCCAGGUGAUGACACCAAUCAGUUUAGUGGAAGCACAGAGGAGAUGCAGAGUGGAGCUCCUCAGAUUCCUCCUCCUGAUUCCCCCGUCCUCACGGGUCACCCCACUGGACCAACAAUGUCACAGAGUCCCCCGGGACAGCACGCUCCCCACGGAUUCCCAAUGCAGCCACUGGCUCCUCCUGGUCAACCCCCGACCUUCCAUGGACCUAGUGUCAACCAGCAGAUGAACAUGCAGAGACCCCCGUUCCCUCCGGAGCUUCAGAUGCUGCAAAACCUGUUUCCCAUCCAGUCACCUGGACAGAACCCAGCUGAGGUUUUUAGCAACUUUGUACAAAAUCAGCAAGGAGCAGAACCGAGUACGGCCUUCAUGCAGAACCUCCAGCAGAAGAUGGGUGCAGAGUCACAGUUACAGUCUUUGCCUGCAGAGGUGCAGAAAGCCAUCUUUCUACAUCUGACGCAGCAGCAGCAACAAGAAUCACAGGGGAACGAUCCUCAUGGAGCAGAUGGUCAGGAGGACAAUAAAAACAGAGAUGAAACUACAAACUGGUACUCCAGCGAUGAGGAGGAUGGGAGUUCUGGCGUCUCCUCGAUCCUCAAGUCUCUGAAGCAGCAUAGUGAGCUGCAUCAGAGUCAGUCAAAGCCUCCUCAGGCGACGCCCGGAGCUCCGGCGCUGAGCGACCCUCGGCUCGGGAAGGAACGAGCUCCGCCGAGUGACCCACGAGUAAAGACCGAGCCUAGACAGAGACUUCCAGACUCGGAUGCAGAUCCGCGGCUCUUCAAAGACCCCAGGAAAGGGAGACUUGCAGAAUCUGGUGCCUGUCACCAGCAGAGCCACCCUGGUCCACUAAAGACUCCAGCGGGAGAGGAGGAGGAGGAGGAGGGAGAGAGGAAACUGAGGGACAGAGCUAUACUUAUCCCGAUGGAUGCCAUUCCCGGGACGGCGCUGCGGGAUCCUCGUUGUCAGCUGAAGCAGUUCAGUCACAUUCGGGUGGACAUCCUGCUCCAGCGGCCCGCCUUUGCUCAGACUGUGGUGUGGGCGCCCGAGGAUCUCAUUCCUUCCCUUGUUCCCAAACAGGAGCACUCCAUCAACCUGCCUCUCCCUCCUUUAAUCGCCGAUGCUCAGAUGAACCGAAGCAACCAGCCCGACCACCUGCCGGUUUCCAGUCCGCCUCCGUCUGACCCCAGACUGACUGCUGUACGUUUAAAAGAACGUCUCAGUCGUCUUCCCUCCGGAUCCCAGGAGUCUCGACCUUCCAAGGACAGACCUGUAGAUCCACGCCAGCAAAAGUCUCUUGACCCGAGACUGAAGCGUACAGGAAGUCUGGACUCCAAGCUGCUGGGUCAGAAAGAGCCUUCACCAGGGGGAGGACCGGUGGAUCCCAGACUGCAGAAAUCCAGAGCCACCUCCUCUCCUCAAGCUUCCCAAGGCAAUCCAGAACCCGAGAAACUGCCUCCCUACGCACCCAGGCUGGCCUCCUCUGACGGGGGGCUGGAAAGCCCCACUGCAAUCCUCGGGGGCAUCAGUCUGUAUGAUCCUCGCUUCCAGAGCGAGCCGGCGGAACCUCCCAAAACGUUUGGAAUCCUCAAACCACCCCCCAAAACAGAGAACACCCCUCCACCUUCUCUCUCACCACCCAAGCAAAGCGCUUCCUUCGAAGAAGUCAAAAGCACAGACGUUAGCUCUCAUCAGACUCCCAUUUCUCCUACAAUCCCCCCCGUCUCACCUGUCAACCCCCCCGCAGUUCACAACCUUCCUAUCCCGGUGCUGGCCGGGCUAAUCCGACCUCAGUACACAGACCCCCGGCCGGCUAAACAAGGAGCUCAGGGUUCUACCGGAGCACAGGAAGAGGCAGAGGAAAACAGGGAGCCGGAAGAGGAGAUGGAGGAGGAGGUGAUGGAGGAGGAGGUGAUGCAGGAAGGACCAAAAGAAGAAGAGGAAGACGACAGGACGCUUAAAGACGUGUUCAAGACUUUUGAUCCCACUGCUUCGCCUUUCUGUCAGUAACCAGUCAUAAAGGCUGAAGUGGCUUGUUAAUAACGUUCAUUCAUUUUUAUUCAUAAAUCUAUUUAUUUCUGUAAAUAUUCAGGUUAUCACAGCACUCAUUUGUCAGUCUGGAGAUCAGGCUGAUCAGAAAAACACACCUGACACUAAAGCAGGACGGUUCCGUGUGUGUUUACGCUAAGGAAACCUAUUAUUGUGUCAUUUUUCAUGUUUUUUUUACAUCUUUUAUAAGCAGAUAUUCAUUCACGCUACAUGCAGAUGGUGUUUCAUCUAUUCUGUUUUUGUAUAAUAAGAGUUAAAUGUUUUCUUGAGGGAUUUUUUGAUGACUGACAUGAAUCCAAGUUUACAGUUUAAUGUUUGACGAGAUCAGGUCAGAUAUGCAACACAGGAUCUUUUUAUCAGCUGGUUUAAACAAAAACAAAAACAAAGUAGCAGGUAAACACUUUUAUUACUUUGUGGUUCAGAACACUAAUAUGUUUUUGAGUGUAUUGUACAGAGAUUGAUGAUCUUGAAGGCUUUAGAGGUAAAUAUGGAACAGAUGUGAACCUUUUAUGCUUGCUUUCGUUGUCAUUGUUGGCUGGAUCUAGCCACACGUUCAUGAAGACUAACAGUUUUACCGUGUGCAACUUCAGUUUUUAUAAGCUUCUUUUUGGUUUUUUAAUCUUUUCAUAUUUCACAUUAUUAAUGUGUGUUUUAUAUAUUAUGUGUAGUGUGUUUUAGUGAUGCUCUCUCUCUCUCAUUCCAGUGGUGGUCCAGAUGUUGGCCAUAUUUGUACAAUACUAAAAGGCAUCUCAACAACAUGUGUCAUUUAGGUCAUUUUUAUCAUACAUUUCUGGAAUAAAGAGCUGAAAAAACA